CCGAAUUUGUAUACCGUUAGGUCGGUUGAGUAAAUUAGGGCAAUAUACACUAGCACACCUAUAAUAUGUGUGUUUUCCAGUGUUGCGAUCUGGAGUUGUCAUAACGAGCAAGGAAACAACAAUCUUGUUGGCAGAGAUUGAAGAGGAUCCGCGAUGUUGUGAAUAUGGCAUCGGGAAGAAUUUUUGUGAUUGGUUUCUGGAUGUGUCUGUUAACAUUUACUGUUCAUAGUGACUCAAGGCACUUCAAUGGGAUAACGUUGAUACAGUUUUGCAGCUGUUGGAAUGCCAGUAUUACCCGGACUGGGAACGAUUUAUAUGUAGAUAUAACCUUCGUUAAAAAAUGCUGGGAAUCACCAUUGAAAAAAUAUGGAGGUUUUCAAAUCAUCCCUUACAAAAGUACCAUGUUAUUCAAGAUUAGCGUUAAAGAAUCCCUACAGAAGAUGUUAAAGGUGAAAGAGUUAAAGUGCCAACUAAAUAAAGGCUGUUUUACUACUAUUUCUAUGGUGAGAGACACAAGUUUGGAAAUUAUUCCCUUUUGUAACUCUUGUGAUAGUUGUAUGGGAAAAGAAACAGAUUAUAUCAGCUACACACAUCAGAAGAGGAGCCGUGUUCCGGAAGUUGUCACUACUAAACCAAAGAACCCGCUCGCCCCAGAAUCCUACAAAUCACGAUUUCUGGUCAUGGCUGGUGUUGUCACAAUUGUUGCUACCAUAGCUACAUUUGUUAUCAUCAUGUUGGUAUGCCGAAUAAACAAAAACAGGAUCCAGCGAAGAGGACCUGAACAACAAUCGUUAGUGGAUGUAGGGAGUGAUACCACAGAUGCACAAACAGAUGUUUCCAUACCUAUCGAACCAAACAGUCCUACAGAACAACCCAACACACGAAUUCGAAGGCAGUCCGUGAAAAUUGGUGUUUUCCACCCUCAUAUUCCGAAGGAGUUAUCUUCUCAAGCGACCGAAAACCCUUUGGACGCACAUGUGCAACGUAUGAUAAAUAUCCUUACUUCUGUACAAGAAUUAGACGUUAAUUAUUUAACAACGAAUUUAACCAAUCUAUUUGAAGGGAUUGAUGAAGUGAGCUCUUCGCCAAAGAUAAUUCUUGUUCUUUGCGAUAGGUUUAGUGAACUCUGCCACGAAGGAAGUGCUCAGAACGGGAAUAUUACCGAAGAGAAAUGGACAGAUACUGAAAGUAAUCUUUUGAAAAGAAUAAGAGAAAAAUAUUACCUAAAUAAUACUUGUUUGUAUUUUGUAAAUUUCAAACAUUUUAAACAACAGAACAACGCCCUUGCUGAUGCUCGAGUUAUGUUUACUAGCCAGUCGUAUAAGGUGUUCAGUAUUGACUAUUUGGGUCAAAGUGACGACCACUUCAAACAGCUUUUGGAUUCAAUUUUGUCUGAUGUCAUCUGUGACUCUGAAGCACGGAGCAUACGAAUCAUGUCGCUUUUAAGUCAAGAUUUGAACACAAUUCAUGUCAGUGAUGCAAUUGAACAGAGAUUUAUGUCGUUGUGCGAGUAGUAAAUGAAAGGUACAUCUUCAAGGUUUCCUUACAUCAACGAGCUCUGGCAAAACUUUGUGUUGAAAUCUCAAAAGACGUGAGUGUUUCAGAAUAUAAACACGUACAUUGUAUCACGUGCUUUGUCAUGUUGAAUUUGAGGUUUUAUCUUAGCACGAGAAACGCGAAAAUGACACUGCAGAUGAAAUCAUAUUUCAUGUACUACCAAAAUGUCUGUGAAAGAUUUACUGUUUGUGAUAUUGUUGAUCUCUUCAUUAUUUAUUUUCACAGUAAUUUAAUGACGAUAUUUUGAAAUCGCUUUAUAAACAAUACAAGUUGUUUUUAUAUAUAUUUGAUAAUUGAAAAUAAUAAAUAAUCAUGUGAAGUAUGUAAGUGAAGAAAUGAUAAGAUAGAACGACAGACUUAAAACUAGCAGCUGUCACCCAUCAAACUGAUCUUCAGAAACAAACUUAAAGAGCCCUGUGAAGGGUGAAAGCUACUAGUGCUUUGUUGGUCGUUAUAUCUUAAUUUCUGUAUUUAAUAAUGUGUCCCGAUAUAAUUAAAAAAACACGAAGAACUUUGCACUUGUAAAUGUAAUUAAGAACAGGAGAUUCGAGCACUUUAUGUAUUUGGACGACUUCCUCAGGAGGUGAAAGUCCAGGUGAACUACUGGUGCUCAAAUACUAUUUCUUGUAAAGAGAACGUAUAUGAACUUCACGUUUAUCGAUAUUAUUGAUAUAUAUGUAUGUUAAUACGAUACAUAUAUAUUUACCAUCGCAUGGGGCUAACUAAUGGCCAUCAGGAUUAAUAUCAAAUAUUGUUUCUAUACAUCACUAAGAUGUUAAGGGACAAAAGGUUUAAUAAAAUUAUACCAAUUUU